CACAUCCGGCAGCAGCACUGCAGUAUUGGUCGAUCCCGCUUCAGCAACAGCGAAGUUGGUCGAAUUUCCUAUAUAUUAUUGAUAAAUAGCUCGCGUUGCUCGUGUGUGACUUGACCAAAAUCGACGUCGGUGUUCGUGUGUUCGAAGAGAGAAAGCCUGAAACCGCCGGAACCGUAUACACCGCGUAUGACCGUAUACAUACCGACCAGUGCAUUGAAGUGACGCAAAACGGUUAGAAGUACAUACGCGCGUUUCUCAUAACGAGAAAUUGGCCGAGGGAUUAUCGUGCAUUGGGUGUGACGGACAUUUAUAUCCGUGCAAGUUGCACGAGAGUCGUGUCGUGUUGCGUAGUGCCAAAGAACGCCCGAUUAUUCGUGGAUCUCACGGGUGUAUGUGCGAUUAUGUCGAGCGCCCCCGAACAGAGUCUUUUACCACUUUGGAAUACCCAACAUAUGAAGUUCGCCACUUGAAAAUAGUGAUCUAACAUUGGAAUAUAUAUUUUUGUUGGAAGAACAAAUCUUCUUGCAUUUUUGAUGUUCCGCCCAUGUUAUCUCACAUGCUUGGAUGUUACUCCCACGAGAAAGGCUAGUCCAAAUACUCUCCAAUUUUAAAUAUGCUUCCUUUCUGCAUAGGAAAAAUACAAGGUUAAUUAAUGUCAUUGAUUGGCUCCACAUAUAUGAGUAAAGAAGUUAAGCAUUAUGGGUACAGAAAAUACUGAUGAAGCAACAUAAUGUUUAUAGCGAAAUGAAUAGGAGCUAAGGAACAUUAUAGGAAAAAGGAAGAAAUUUGUUGAGAAGACAUUUAUUCAGACGAUAAGGAAGUAUAAUAAAGGCAUAGGAUAAUAAAUUAGCAAUGGAUGAAUGGGAGUGAGCACAGUGCACGUGAAGUGCAGGUGUGUGCGCGCCCGCACGUGGGAGCCUCUGGAUGUCGAGGCUGCAGCACUGGCAGUGUCAGUGGCAGUGAUGGCCCCUGCUCUGACGGAAGGCGGUCCUCAAAAGCCUGAAAAUUUGCUCCCUUCCCUUCCAGCUGGUGGGUUCCUUUCCCCAGAGCAGGCUGCGCAAGUCUGUCAGAAUCGUGAAAUUCUGGCGAAAUUUGUUGUUUCUGCGAACGUUCAACCAACGAAGAUUGACGAGCAGUGUUUACAUGGUAUAUCCAAGGAUCUUAUUCGUGAUGUCAUCAAUUCGAAAUACGCCAAUGAUCUUGAUAGUUUGUCUACAUUUACGCACGGAUCUGACUUGAUUACAAAGAAGGCUUUAAUCAAAGAGGACUGUGAGCGACCAGACAUUCUGGACAGUCCAGAAAAAAAGGAGAUCGACAUUAUAAUGAACGACCCAUCUAUGGGUGAUCAAGCGGACAAUAUGGGUUUCUUAAAAUCAAGCGCAGACUUGCCUUUGGUGAGUUCAGAAACUGCAGGAGACAAUAAAAAUCUGGAUGUGGAUCAAAUAAUGGCCUUUAGUACUGAUAUAACUACGGAUACCGAACAAUGCAACAUGGGCACUGACAGUGACCAGAAUGUGGAAGAGCUUCUGCAAGUCAUCAAAUCUAUUGAAGGAGUGGAAAAUGCAGAAAACAUAUCUGCAGGUGUCAGCGAACAAGUACCAAGCACUUUGGAUGGUGUAGAGAUGUUCCCUAUGCCCGAGGAAGGGUUUUCAUCUUUCGAACGGGAUUUACUUAACGACGUUGAUGUCAUGAGUCUUUGCAACAAUAUGAAUAUUGCAGAAACUUUAAACCAACAAAAACCUAACAAUUUGAAAUUGCAACAAGACAUUGUUGCACAAAAACAAUUCGAGAAUGAAAGGAGGUGUGCAUUUCUACUAAGAAGACUGAGGAAGCUUCAAGCGAGAAUAAUAGGCAGGCAUGUGGCGGAAGAAAACACGGGAGUUCUUGAACUUGCCCAUCAUGGGGUCAAAAAAUAUUUGUUUCAAGAAUUGGUUAAUAUCAGUUCCAAAUCUAAUGUUAGAAACUUUCCUGAGAUUAAUAGUAGUUUGAAUUCAUUUUUGCAAAAAAUUGAGAAAAUGUGUGUUGCUCAAAGCAAUAAUGUGAAUCGACAGCGAUUAUGUUGUCGAUAUUUUGGUGGUGGAUCACGUGAUAGUUUGGGUAGUACUUCCGGUACUAAUGGUAAUCGUCAACCAGUGUUUGGUACUCCCCAAAUUAAAGUUAAAGGUGAUGAGGUAGAAAAUAUGGCCGGACCUCUGGCUACUCAACUACACAUUGUGGAGUCUAAUCUCGACUCUGAUUGUACUGCGUCUAGUAGUGGCGGAGAAAGUUGUGAUGAAAUGCAGUCAUUUAAUAAUCCACAUCAACAACAUUUGUCUAUAUCAAAAAGAGCAGCAUGGAGGUAUGCUCAGGAUCGCGCAGGUGUAGCUGCAAGAUGGACAUGGUUACAAGCACAAAUAUCAGAUUUGGAAUAUAGAAUUAGACAGCAUAAUGAAUUGCAACGACAUAUUAGAGCUAAUAAGGGAUUAGUAAUACUCGAUAACGCUGAAACGGUGAACGGGUAUAGUGGCGUUUUACCAGGUUCUACAGGACGUUAUAAUUCACCAGAAGGUGAACUACCAGCUAGUAGAACACGACCGUUCGUGUGGAGCUUUUAUAGGAAAAGAAAACUGUUGCAAGUAGACAGGUUACACGAAGUCUCUAAACGAGCAGCAAAAGCAUCAACAAUAAAAUGCAAUUGCGACAACGUAUUACCCCCAUGUGCUUUGUGCACUGGAAGAUUAGAUCCGAUGCAACCACAAGAUCCAAUCGAACAGAUGUCUGUACAAGAACGGAUUGCACUUGUUGAUCCUAGUUACCAUCCUGUGUUGUCAUUUCCUGAUGAAAUUACUCAAGGAACUCACCUUGAAGCAAUCAUGAAAUCAGUGGAAUGGCAACAGAAAAUGUUAAGAGGAAAUUUACGAAUAACUCGGUUGAAGGAUAAAGACGGUAACGAAAGAAGGAAUAAAAAACUUCCAGGUCAUAGAGCAAAAUACGCUGCUCGAUUAAGAAAAUCAUCUUCAAGUAUCCUUACUGCAAGAAUCAAGAGAAAAAUGUUAAAGGGGAAAAGAAGUAGGCUUGGCCAUGAUCGAAGUGUUCAUGGGUUAAGCAGAAAGAGGGUGCAAAAAUUGCCGGCUGAAGAUGAUGAUGAUAUUAGUGCGCUUUCCAGCUCUAGUAAGCAUUCAUCUCCCGUGCCUUCACCUUUGCACCAUACUACUACUUCUACAGAAAAAAAUACUGUUAAAGAAAAGAGUUCCACUUCCCACGGACGUUUGAGGCAGAAUUCGUAUGAUAUUGAUAAUAUUGUUAUACCGUAUAGCGUAGCUGCUUCAACUAGGCUCGAAAAACUACAAUACAAAGAAAUAUUGACACCAAAGUGGAGGUUAUGCGAGGAAACUUCAAAAAUGGAUAUUAAAAAUGGUGUUAUGCACAGGCCUAGUCAAGACAGUGAUUUUGAAGAUAUGUCAGAUGAGACUAUUGCUUUGAGGCAUGAACGCAGUGAGAGAGAGGAAAAUAAACGUUUUAUGACGUAUAUAAAUAUGCCACAUCAGUCACGUAUACGUCAUAAUCGCAGGGCUGAUAGUCGUGCAGACAGUGGUGCAAAUACUCCCGAUCCUAUGUCUCCUCACGCAAGUGAUUUUGGCGGAGACAUGAUGUCGCCGAUUACAUCUCCACCCGCGACUCCUUCUCAAGUUCAAGAUUCGGAACAUCAACACAACUCGGACACACAUCGCUCAUCUGCCUUUCAAAAUGCGUUGCGACGUCGAGUUACACCUACAUUAAGAUUAGGAAAGGACGACACGAGUACUUCGGUAAUUGAAGACGAAAAUGAGAUUUUGCCAUAUGAACCAAGGAUAUUUCCAUUAUCCGAAGAAGUUUAUGACAAAAUGCUGGAAGUAAUGCCAGAUGGGCAUUGGCAAGCUUCAUCAGCAUCUCUAUGCUCUCGAGAAGAAGAAAAAGCAGAUGAUGCUGUCCCUGGACGGGGAGUUGGAUUGUCCAGAGUCAGAUUCAACGGAAUCAGCUUGUUGUGAUAUAGAAGGUGAGGAUCCAAAUGAUCCUGAAUGGACAGUAGCUGACGAUAGGGAUACUGAAAAGGAACGAAUACGUCCGACGGCUAAAAGAUAGGAUAAAACCUUGAAUAAAUACAGUAUGUCUACGUCGUCGUUACUAUAUGCAGAAGCUACCUGUCAAUUGUUAUAUAUACCAGUCGGUCAUGUAAUAUGCACCUUAAGUUAAUGGUAUUACGAAUCUGUAAAGUGUAUUAUAAAUAUAAAUUUUAUAACUUCA